AAGAAAAUGAAGAGACUUAAGAAAGAAGAGAAAAGAAUCAUUAAAUUUGCAAAUAUCUGUCUUGCCUAUCACUUAUCAACUUCGUGUCUGUUUCUUGAAGAAGAUAGAAAAAAAGAGGGUUUCAAUAUUUUAUUAGGGUACGUCUAGUUCUUACUAGUCACUUUUCUCAUUCUCCUUUCGUUCAGAAUGUUUCACGCCUCUUUAACAACCUUAUGGAUUUUUUCGAUCAUCCCUACUAUAGGGUUAGCAAACUUUUGUUAUCAAUGGUGGGUCAGUGGCCUGAUCAAAAUCCUAAUGUGCGUUUACUUUCAUUGUGUUUUGUUACUCUUCUGACUACCUCUAUUAUUAUUACUGAGGUUUUACUCUUGUAUUCUUCUAAAGGAGCUUUAGAAUUCACGGCUGAUGCUAUUGCAGGAAUAGCACUUAUGACAACUAUCUCUGUCAAGUGUCACACAUGUUAUUUCGCUGGUGAUAUGAUAAAAAAGCUUUUAAAUAAGAUUGAAGACGAGUGGAAAUUAUGGAAAUCCAAAGAAGAGAUCACUAUAAUGGAAAAUUAUGCUAAAGAAGGAAGAUUUUAUAUAAUAGGAUACAUAAGUAAGAUUUCAUACUCAGUUUUUUUCUCUCGUCUAGUAUACAUUUACACAACUGUGAUUCUAAGUUUUUUGACAUCAUUUUUACCAAAGAUCUUUGAUUUAAUUUCUCCAUUGAACGAAUCUCGUCCAUUGAGACACGUAAUUAUGAAUGAAUAUUUUGUUGAUUCACAAGAAUACUUUUAUCCGAUUUAUUUCCAUAUGACUUCGGCUAUUAUGAUUGGUAUAACAUGUUUUCUCGCAAACGAUGCCAUUUUUCUGGUUUUUACUUCGCACGUUUGUGGUUUGUUUACGGCUGUUGGAUAUCGGUUAGAAAAUUUGUUGAAGGAAAACAAUACUGAGAAAAUUUCUUCGAAUCGUCAAUCUAAAGAAUGCUCUCGAAGUUUCAUACGUUUUAUUAAGGCGCAUAAAAGAGCUGUGGAAUUCGCUGAUCUAAUGGAAUCAUAUUUUUCAUUGCCAUCGUUAUUAAUAACAGGAAUGAAUAUAAUUUGUUUAAGUGUCUCUCUUUUGCGUGUUGCAGUAUUACUAGGAAAAUCAGUAGAAGUAUUCAAAUUUACUGCAUUUACUGGAGCUCAACUUUUCCACAUGUAUUGCAUUAGUUUUGUCGGACAAAGAAUAAUAGAUCAUAGUAGUGACAUUUGUUUCAAAGCAUAUAGUGGAUUAUGGUACGAUGCACCAAUGGCAGUACGUAAAAUGUUACUGUUAGUUAUUCGAAGGAGCCUCAGACCUUCUUAUUUAACAGCAGGGAAAAUAUUUGUAUUUUGUUUCGAAAGUUUCUCUACGGUCGUGCAGACAUCCAUGUCAUACUUUAUGGUCCUUUCGUCGAUACAAGAAGCGUGAUUAGAUUUCCUAAAGUUUAAAAUAUAUUACAUAUAUUAUAUAUAUACAUACAUAAACUAUGACGUGACCUGACGUAAAAGUGGUUGGAUUCGAAAAUGCAAUUUACAUAUUUGAUCAAAUAGUUCCAUAGGUGAUAUACAUAUAAGGUAUAAGAUUGAUAUGAAGGUAUGUUAGUAUAUGAUAGAAUUACUUAAAUUUUGAAAUAGAAUUACUUUAAUAACUUGUAAGCAACUUUUUUUACUCUUCACAGUAUGUAACACAGCCAUACAACCCUGUAGAAGAUGGUUGCAUAUUCUAUGGGAUUAACAAAAUUGCUUACUCAGAGAUGGCGCUCAAAGUAAUAACAUUAUCGACAGUGUAUGAAGUGUUGCAUAUCUUCAGGUGCAAUAAUCAAUAUAAAAAAUCAUUAAUUAACGUAAAUCACUGUUUCAACGUCACAUCAUAGUAUUAAAAGUAAAAAUAGACAAACAGAAAAAGAUUAAACAAAUUGUACCUUGUAUUAAUAUCCACAUUAAAUAUUUAUUAGGAAAUUC